AUGAGGGCAGAAGGUCCGUUCUUCCCUGAGAAGCCAUACUCUUUCACAUUCCUUCUCCUGUGCACAUGCUCCUCCUUAAUCCUUUCAGCUGCCUCCUCUCUUGCCCAUGUUCCACGUCAACACUCCUGCAACACACAUUUCAGCCUGGUGCAUCUUUUCUUCACAGACAGGCCUGAGACAGUCAACCAAACCUUCAGUAUAUUUUUGCCAAUUUCUCUUAUCAGGGCACCACCUGCGUUGUGUCUUCUGGUAAAACCAUUGAGUGGACAAGGGAGUUUAUGUCAUUCUCAUGGGGAAUAUCGAAUAUCACAGGGGAUCCCCUAA